CCGACGACUCGUCACUCGUUUACCCAGUACCCCAGGCCAACAUUUACAUGCCUCCUACGAAUAGUGGGAUGUUUGUGAGCACCAACCGCUUGGCCCGUACACGCCAGCUUCGCUUUUGGCCUGCAUUGCCAACGAAGAGCUGAUAGGCUACAAAGGCCUAUGAGGGAUCCUCGUUAUCCCAUGGAGCGAUGACGUCCGACGGCGGCCGUGCGCCGUCACGGUGGGCGAAUUGGCUCGCUUUGCUACUGCUAUCUCUCAUUUCACUCGCAGGCGUGGCCGGCGCAGAUCGGUACAGCUCAAAGCAUGCAAAGCGCGAGGAAUCGUCCGCGCCGCUCAAAGCUGCCCUUCGGGACAUGCUCAAGCAGCGACAGCAGCUAUGGGGGCUGAUGACUGCGAAUGCAACUCUCGAACACGGCUGGAAUUUGGAACGUGAUCCACACGAUCUACUGGCGCCUCUUCUGGUUGACAUGUACAGCCGUUCUUUUGGUCAAGAGCGAGAUCCUUCGUUCGACCCAUACCCAAGCAACUUGCACAAGGUACCAGCUGCACCGAAAACUCUCAACAGAAAUAACAGCCCACAGGCUGCAGGACCGCUAGAGGAUCUCUCCGGAUUUCCUUUUCCGUCACAAGCCUAUUACAGUACAGUCUCAGGCUUCUGGAACAGCCCUGCAUGGGCGAUUCGGCCAGAGUUUAUCGCCUACUCUUCCUCUUCUGCCCAUAAUCGCAACUUGAAACGAGACUCAAAGACUUUUCUGCCUCGUAAAAGCCCGAUUGACACAUUACCUGGCGGCAGAAGAGCGCGUUUCGGUCACCGUCAGCGUGAUUUACUCACUUUGCUUUUCGGACCAGACUAUCCCGGUUCCACCAAAGAGGCAUCGCUAAACUCGUACGCGAAAGAUAUCAAGGGUGGUGGAGCAUAUAUUUUCCUCAGUGAGGAUAAUAUCUUACCAGGCCGAAUAUCUUCACUCGGUGGCCAUCUGCAGCUCAUGCCAGCGUCGACAUCCGCUAAGCGGCCUUCGGAAGGCUCGCCAGGACAAAUGAACAGGCGCCAGGAUGCUGCGGUCGGGAGUCCGAAUAACAUCACUUCUGCGGAUGCUGAAGAUGAAACCACAGAAGCUAUACGCAAGUACAUGGAGUACUUCACGUAUGAAAGUCCCCAUGAAAAAGCGUCUGAGGGAGUGAUAUUCGACCUAGACGGUCUGCACUUCGUCAAGCAAGGUCUGCUAUAUGCACAUGCUCUUCCUGUUGAGUCGCCGGUCACCACAGAUCCGCGCGAAACGCUCGCCAUGAUACCGCUCCCCAAAACACCGUCGCCCCCCGCCUCAUGGGCGAGCGCCAUGACGACCCGGAAUUUCACAGAUUUCGACAGGGAGACAUCCGCUUGGCUGCUGCUGAACGAAACUUACAACGCCCUCGAAAGCAUUCUCACACGUCGCAUAGAGCAUAACAACAAAAGUAUUCAAGCAGAGCGCAUGAUCGACAUGGAAUCGAGAAUUGCGCAUCACAAUUGCUCCUUCCACUUUUACGGUCACCUCAAGCCCGCCGGUCCUGUAUCUCUUCGACCGCAGUUGCAAGAACUAGAGCAGGAGAUGCGCAAUCCAAGCGGAAUAAGCACAAUCAAGCAACCGCCUUCUGAGCUCCAUGGGCUCUUGUUCUCGCCGGAUUGUUUCCUUGCUCUCACUUUCGCGCCAGCUCGUGGUGACCUUGAUAUUUCGCGAGCGGAAAAAUCGAUCCGUUACUCCAUCUGUUUCUUCCUUGUCCUCAUCGUUCAGUCCCUGCUCACGACGCGUCAGAUGGACCGCAGCAUGACGCCGAGCGCCAUCUCCAAGAUCUCUUCGAUAUCAUGGUCCAUGCAAUGCCUCAUCGAGGUGGGCAUAUUCGGCUUUCACAUUGUCUUCCCCAUCCUUGAGAACAAUCGAAGCUCCAAGUCGAUGAUGGCGUGCGCGUUUUUGGCCGCUACACUGUUCAUCGCGCUACAAUAUCAGCACACUUUGACAAUGUGGCAUAUCCAAACACCGGCAUUUCGCCGGCCGCCCGCGGAAUCAGCAGCCGGCUCAACAACCAUGGCCAACACUGCAACAACACCAGAGGGAACAACAGAGGCAACGCCUAUCCCACCGUUCUGGCGGCGAGCAACCGCUCUGCUGGUCCCUCGGGUCCGCCGGCAUUCCACCGCACUCACGUGGAUCGCGAGCAUCACUGCCUUCCUCGUCAUGCAACAGGUUCCGGGUAACGUCUCGCUUCUUCUGCUCUACAGCUUCUGGGUGCCGCAAAUCUGGCGCAACAUCAAGCGGGGGGCGCGAAAAGCCGUGGAGCGACGUUACAUCAUUGGCAUCUCCCUGUGCCGCCUCUUCCUCCCCGCAUACUACCUGGGAUGCCCAGCGAAUUGGCUGCGAUACACAGACCUCAAUUAUCCUUUGCUCUUUGUGACUACCUUCUGGUUAUGUUUACAGGCUUCCAUCUUGAUUGGACAGUCCUUCUUCGGUACCCACUUCUUCGUGCCUCGAAAUCUGCGGCCGAAGGACCUCAGUUGGGACUGGCACCCGCCAUUAUCGACCCUUGCCAAGCGUGAGGACCCAGAGACUGGGGCUAUGACUGUUGGAGACUGCUCGGUGUGCUUGUCGCCUAUUGAGUCGGCUACUUCUCAUGUAAACGAGGAGGACGGUGAUGCCGAAGAAGCAGCGGAGCCGGAACUACAAGGCUUACUUUCCGGUAACGACAAAGCUGAAGAGUCUGGCUCAUCGACACGGCGUGCUAGGAGCGGUCUCCAGCGGAGGAGCGCGUCGACCUUACCAGGACGAUGGUUCGCGCCGCUCGCAAUACUAGCUCAACCUCUGAUCAGGGGGCUACCGCGCACCAUGCAGCUAUCUGCACGGCACAAUGUGAUGGUCACGCCUUGCCACCACAUCUUCCACACCUCUUGCCUGGAGCAAUGGCUGCAGGUCAAGACAGAGUGCCCGCAGUGCCGUGCGCCUCUGCCGCCAGUAUAGAUUUGGCAGUUGCAAUGCAAUAGAUGAUGACGCGAUUGAAGGUAUACAUGGGUAUUGUAGGGGGCACGGGGCGUGAAGUUGUAGAUAUGCUACGUUCACGCAAGCUUUGG